AUGGUAGAUCUACCGGCGACAGCGGGAUUCCUGACAGAAGAAGAGCGGAUGUUUGUGUUGGAUUCGCAGAAACAAGGCUCGCCUCUUGGAGAAGAGGAGCACUUUGAGACGAGGCAUGUUUGGGCUGCAUUGUCCGAUUGGCAGCUCUACACGUUUGUUGGCAUGAGCUUCGCGUUUGUGUGCUCCUUAUAUGGGAUCACUUUCUUCUCCCCGUUCGGCUACUCUCCCGCCAUUACCCAGUUGCUCUCCAUCCCCCCUUAUGUCCUCGCGACGAUCGUGAUCAAUGUCUUUUCCUACUAUGCCGACAAGCACAGUAUCCGCUCUCCCUUCGUUCUGGCGUCCCUUCUGAUAGGCCUCAUCGGCUAUGCCAUCAACUUCAUGAACGUCCGUGUUUCGGUCAAGUAUUUUGGGAUCUUCUUGUGCGUUACUGGGAGUUAUGCGGGUGUCCCUGGUGUUGCUGCUUGGCAAGCAAACAACUAUUCAGGUCACUAUAAACGCGGAUUGUCGAUGGCGCUGGUUCUGUCGCUUGCGAAUGUGGGUGGGUUGGUGUCGCCUAUGGUUUUUAGGAAGCAGGAUAGCCCGCGGUUCUUGCCUGGAUUCGGAUUCGAACUCAUCGUAAUCUCACUCGGGAUCGUCUCAGGCCUUAUUGCGGUCGUGGGAUACAGACUCAUCAAUGCACGAAGAUACAAAUUGGCGGAAAAACAGGGUUUGGCGGGUGACGGGGUUGAUCUGGUUUUAGACGCCGAGAUUAUUCGGGAGGAGAGGAAGUUGGGGGACAAGGCGGUCAGUUUUAGGUAUACGAUCUAG